AAAAAAGGAAGGAAUAAAAAAGCAGGUAGCAGGUGCAAAAUCCAAAGAAGUAGCCAAACUCCACUGUGAAAGAUUGGCCAUAGAAGAGGAGAAGAAAUGUGAAGAAUAAAGAGGCCAAAAUGGCAAACCCUAGAAGGAUUUCAUUUUCCCCUUCCGGUAACCACCACCAACUUCCGAUCUCCGCCGCCGGAUUUCAGAAUCCGACAUCAACUCGAAUGUCAAGUUUGAUAUCCUUCCUGAAGAAACCCCAUGCUUUCCCCUUCCUGCUUUCCCUCUUCCUUUUCCUCACUUGGGUUUCCCUCAGAUUCCAACGUCCCUCAGAUUCAAGUCAUCAGAGGGAAGAAUGGCAUCCUGCAAAGAUUCAUUCUUCUGGUUCAGAUCAAAUGGCUAAUUUUGUGAGGUUCCCAGCUUCCUCUUCUUCUAUUGCUAAAGAUAAACGUGGCUGGUUGCUCAACCCCAUUUCCCUUGCCCUUGAUUCUGCCCUUUCAGGUGGGGCAGCAGUCUGUACUUCAGUUCAUUUGGGCGAGAUCAAAUCUGGUGGUGUUAGAGGCAACCACAGGCACCACACAUGUAAUGAGACAUUUGUUAUUUGGGGAGCUAAGACAGUAUUCCGGCUGGAAAACGAUGCGGUCAAAAAUGGCUACGCUGAAGUAAUAAUUGGUGCAGAUGAAGUUGCUGUUGCAGUCAGCCCCCACGGAACUGCUCAUGCUCUAGUAAAUGUUGAUCCAGUAAAGAGUACAUACUUCAUGGGGUGCCAGGAUAGUAUAAUCAACUACAAUGGCUCAACGACUGACUUUAAUGUAUGGAAAGAUCUAUAGGUUUUCAAUGUUAUAUUUUCAUGUUCACUCCAGUAAGGUAGCUGAAGUCUUGCCAGGUUAUAGGUCACUUCAAUGUUAUAGGUUCUUUUCUUGCCAGGUUUUCAAGUUUAGGGUUUUAAAGGGUGUGAAUUAGUUUAGCUAAUGUAGAUUCUGGGAACUAUGUGCACAACGCAUAGCUGCUGCUCAUUGGCUUUUUUCCUUAACAAGGUUUGUGCAUACACAGUUUAUGAUAAAAAGUACAAGGCCCUCCUCGGAAAUCAGCGUCUCUAUCUUAGAAAUAGUAAGGGAAGUAGUGAUGAAACUAAUCCGUCCACCUGCUGGAAGCUAUACUCGGUACCUGAGUUUUUGGAUACCAUCCGCCAAUUUGAAUGUUAAGAGAUGGAGUUAUUAUUACUUUAGGUGUGUUAAAGACCUCAAGAUGAACUACUUUAACAGACCUAAAGUAGUAAUGGCUUGAUCUCUGAACAUUUGAAUCAUCUUGAUCGCUGAUUCACAAAGAAGACCUUGUACUUUUCAUCAGAAACUGUAGAUCUUGAUAAGGUAAGCACUUUUUAAAUAGGGUAAGCUCCAAUAUAUCUCUACAGUAUGCAGCUUGCCGGUCAAACUGCCAUACAUAUGGAAGCACUUUUUUAACUUUUGGAAUUUAGCAAAUGUUCAUCUUCCAAGA